AUGGCCCCCGACCACCUCCGCAAACCACCGCAAGCCCCUCCCAUCUUUACCGCAACCGCCCAGUCCAUCGUCGACGAUGCAAAGCGCCUUAUCGAAUCCUCCCGCAAAGUCCAGGAUGACGUCGUCGCAAAGGUCUCCCCAGACUCGGCCACUUUCGCCUCGGUCAUGAAGCCGCUCGCCCAGGAUGAGAAUGUCAUGGCCCUCGAGUCGCACAUUCUCGGCUUCUACCAGGCUGUUUCGACUGAGCAGCAGUUGAGGGAUGCUUCGUCCAAGGCCGAGGAGUUGAUGGAUGAGUUUUUCAUUGAGACUGUUAUGCGUGAAGAUGUGUUUAAGUUGGUUGAUGCGGCGUUGAAGAAGGGUGAGGCUCUCGAUCCUGAGUCGAGAAGGUUGCUGGAGAAGGAGCACAAGGAUUAUAUCCGUAAUGGAUUGGGUCUUCCGGCUGGUGAGAAGAGGGAUCGGUUCAAGGAGAUUAAGAAGCGUCUGAGCCAGAUUAGCAUUGAGUUCCAGAAGAACCUCAAUGAGGAGAAUGGUGGUAUCUGGUUUACCCGUGAGCAGCUCGACGGCGUCCCCGAGGACGUCCUCGGUGAAUUGAAGAAGGGCGAGGGUGAGAAUGAAGGCAAGCUCCGGCUAACCUUCAAGUACCCCGAUCUCUUCCCUACGAUGAAGUACGCGAAGAACGCCGAGGUCCGGAAGCAGGUGAUGAUCGCCAACGAGAACAAGUGCAACCAGAACGCCCCUCUGUUCCGGGAAGCCGUUGUCCUCCGUGACGAGGCUGCUCGUCUCCUGGGCUAUCCCAACCAUGCGGCCUUCCGCAUCGAGGACAAGAUGGCCAAGACCCCGCAGACCGUCAACACCUUCCUGGGCGACCUGCGCACCCGUCUGGCUGGCGGUGGCCAGAAGGAGAUCAAUGGGCUUCUGGCUCUGAAGAAGGCUGAUUACGAGGCUCGGGGUGAAUCGUUCGAUGGUCGCUACUACCUGUGGGACCAUCGGUUCUACGACCGUCUCAUGCUGGAGCAGCAGUACUCGCUGGACCAGCAGCAGAUUGCCGAGUACUUCCCGCUGCAGACUACUAUUGCGGGUAUGCUCAAGAUCUUCGAGGAGCUGUUCGGACUCGAGUUCGUCGAGAUCACUGGCGAAGACCGUGCCCAGAUUGCUCCCACAGGCAAGGGCAACGACAUCGUGUGGCACGAGGACGUGCAAAUCUUCAGUGUCUGGAACGACAAGGGUGAAGGCAGCGGCUUUGUCGGCUACCUGUACCUGGACCUCUUCCCCCGCGACGGCAAAUACGGCCACGCCGCCAACUUCAACCUGCAGCCGGGUUACAUCGACGCCAACGGCAACCGCCGCUACCCGGCCACAGCCCUAGUCUGCAACUUCACCAAGCCCAGUGCCAAAAAGCCCAGCCUCCUCAAGCAUGACGAAGUCGUCACGCUCUUCCACGAACUCGGCCAUGGUAUCCACGAUCUCGUCUCCAAGACAAUCUGGUCGCGCUUCCACGGCACAAACACCGUCCGUGACUUCGUCGAAGCUCCCUCCCAGAUGCUCGAGAACUGGUGCUGGACCCCUUCGCAGCUCAAAUCCCUGAGCAAGCACUACUCCACCCUCUCCCCAGAAUACAAAGCCGGCUGGCAGGAAGCGGCGUCCACUUCCACCGAAGCACCGGAGCAAAUCCCCGACGACAUCAUCGCCAACCUCAUCCGCACCAAACACGUCAACGACGCGCUCUUCAACCUGAGACAACUUCACUUCGGCAUCUUCGACAUGACCAUCCACGAACCCUCUUCCCACGAAUACAUUCAGAAACUACCCAUCUCAACAACCUACAACACCCUCCGCAAACAAAUCACCCUCAUGGACGGGCCCGAGGCCAUCGGCCUUGGCGAUGAAUGGGGUCACGGCGAAGCGACCUUUGGCCAUCUCAUCGGUGGGUAUGAUGCUGGUUACUAUGGAUACUUGAGUUCGCAGGUAUACUCGACGGAUAUGUUCUAUACGAUCUUCAAGGAUGAGCCAAUGGAUAAGGCUGCUGGUAGACGGUAUAGAUACACGGUGCUGGAGAAGGGUGGGAGUCAGGAUGAGAUGAAGACGUUGACGGAGUUUUUGGGGAGGGAGCCUAAGACGGAUGCGUUUUACAAGGAUAUGGGGUUGGCUUAG